AUGGUGCCAGUGUCUAUUCUUAUACACCGUGCAUUAAGGUUGGAAGGAGAGGAAAAAGAGUUUUGGUUUGUUGUAAAUGGCGUGCCCAUCAGAUACUCAAUCCAGGAACAUGCCAUUAUCUCCGGCUUAAACUGUGACAACUAUUCGGAGGGCUGGACUAAACGUAAGGGAAGCGAAUAUCGGAAAAAAACAUUCGGAACUUCAAAAGUGACCAUAGAAGCCGCAUUAAAGAAGUUGCGCGAAACUCCACAUGCAAAUGUGGAGGAAAGAAAGAGAUUAGCGAUAAUUGUAUUGCUAGGCGGAGUUUUAGCUCAUAGUGCCAAGAGCAAUGAUGUCAUAAACAAUGAUUUAGUGGACAUGGUCGAAAGUCUGGACUUCUGUGAAGGGUUUCCGUGGGGAAGAUACACCUUCGAUAAGAUUAGCGAUCAGAUUCGGAAAUUGUAUAAUAGCGGCCCUAAACCGAAGGACAAUUGGCAUUGUCCAGGAUUCGUAAUACCACUUAUGUUUCUUCCUUUCGAAUGCAUCGAAAGUUUAGGCGCAAAUGGAUGGUAUAUCGAUGUUGAAGGUGCCGAUCCGACUUGUCCUAGGAUGUGCAAGAAACGCAUCAAACCGGAUCUUUUUAUGACAUAUGCAAAGGUGUAUAAACAGAUUGGCGAUACCUCAAAGGGAUUUCGAAGUGUUCUUCAAAUAGACAACAAUGAAGAACAUAUUCUUUUGAAUGUACUCAUCUACCUACAUAAGUAUAACUGGUCUGACCAUUCUAAAUUGGUCAUACCGUCGGACUUAUUUGAGGAUGAUGAAGAAGGGAUUUCUGCUACUCCUCCAAGGCAUAUCGAGAUUGAUGUUGAGCAUGUCGAUGAUACUGGAGACCUACCUCCUAAGGAGGAUGCAUCAAAGAAGGAUGCAGAUGAUGCAUCAGAGAAAGGUGUGGAGGAUGCAUCAGAGACCAAUAAAGAGAAUGCAGAGGAUAAAUCUGACAGCGGUGUGGAGGAUGCAUCAAAGAAAGAGGAGAAAAAUGCAGAGGAUGCAGAGGAUGCAGAGGAUAAAUCUGAGAGGGGUGUGGAGGAUGCAUCAGAGAAAGGUGAGGAAGAGAAGGGUGCAGAGAAGGAUGUAGAGGAGGAGAAGGGUAUGGAGAAUGCAGAUAAUGCAUUAGAGAAGUCUUAA